AGCGCGGGAAAAUAAGACAAUCAGAGAGACAAACUUUCCUAAUUCUUGUAAAUUUUUUAAGCGAAAGAGAAAAGCUCAGUUGCAAUUCUUGUAAACUUGAGAAACCAGCAUGAGUGGUGGAAAGGUUAGAAGAAUAAGAAGAGGCGACAUAGUAUGGGCAAAGCCAACAAUUCAUAACAACAACUGGUCUCCAGCACUCGUCACAUCUUCCAACAACCUCGCCAUCUCCCUCUCCUUCUUCGACAAUGUUAAGAGUCUCACAUCGAAUGAGAAAUGGCCCGAAUAUACUGAUCGUCAUCUUACAAGUCGAUUUUGUAGAGUCGAGUUAGAUCACGUCCCAGUCCCACCACCUCGAAAAUUCUUCCUCGAAUCCGAACUCCUCCCCUUCGAUCAACCACCCUUUGCUUUUAUCAAUGACGCUUUCCAAUCUGCGCUUAGGUUAUUUGGUCGAAGAAUCAUUUCCGGUUUGCAAUGUCGCUGUAUAAAAGGGUAUUAUGAAAAGAAGAAGGUUUUGAAUGGGCCGGGUUAUGGAUUUGACCCGAUUAGGGUUUUGGAUUUUGUUUCCGAUGCUGCUGUUUUGCCUUGGUUUGAAGUUGAAGCUUCAUGUGUUGUUGAUGCGGUUAAAGUUGUUGCUCAGGUUCAUGCUUUUCGUCACUACUCUUCUAUUCAGCAGAAGAAAGUCUACAAAGAAACCAAGAAAUUAGGUGAUAAUUUGAAGCAGCAUCAAUGUACCUCUUUGAGUCAGAAGGUACAGUUGGUAAAUCGAGAAUCUACGGCUUUGGAGCCCAAGGAAAAACAUCAGGUCAUAUCUGAGCAAGGGGAGGAAAACAUGACCAUUGGUGCUAUAAGAAGGUUGAAUUCAACAGUUCCUGAUUUGGAAGGAUUCUCCGUACAGUUGUUUCAGAAUAAACUUUUGAUUAUUCCAGAGGCUCCGACUACCACUGGUAAGUCUGAACUCUGUAUGCAUUCUCCUGCCUUUAGCCCGUUUCACAUUUGGGGAAAGAAUCUAAAGUUGGAAAGGCAGAACCUUCAGAGAUUUGAAAAUAUAUUACACCAUGGCUUAGUCGAUGGCUGCUUUGGCAACUGUUCCAGAAUGAAUGAAGCUCACUUUUCUAUUUCUUCCGAUUUUAAAACUCACUGGAUCAAUUAUACCAGUAAAAGAAAAGACAAUGUACCAAAGCUUUGCUCUAGAUUGCCUGAAAUAGAAACCACUAUAUGCCUCAACCGAAAAAGAAAGCGACUAGAUAAACAUGAUUUAUGUAAUGUUUUUCUGCUAACUGGUAGAGAUAAAGAAAGUGAAGGGAAUGCAUACAUCUCAAAAAAUAUGAGAUCUAGGAUCUCACAUGUCAAGAUGCUUGAACCAGAAGAAAGUAUCCGAAAAGACGAUCAGGCCUGCAUACACUUCUCUGAAACUGGCAUAAACUUCACUGAUGAGGUUGAAAAAGUGCAUUUGAAAAGAAGUCAAAAUUUCACUUUACAUCAGUCUAAUAACAACAAGGUUGAUGCUAGUGCAGCGAAAGUUAAAUUUAUGUUAGGAUCUAACUCUUCUUUUUACCAGAAGAGACUGCAAAGAAUUUGCCAUGGUAAUAUAACACCUCUUAAGUCAAAAGAGUCGGUAAGAGUAAAAUCAUCUUCUGGGUAUUGUUUGGUGGAGAGUAAAGAAGAUUCCUAUCACUAUGUUGCUUCUCGUUCAAUAUUCAAAUCAAAAGUUGGACAGCAAUCAAAAACACAUGUUCCCUUUUGUUCUAAAUCUCUGCACAUGAAGUUCCCAAAGAAUUUCAACCUACCAUCAAAGGAACAGCUAAUAAAGAAGUUUAGAGUAUUUGGCUCAGUAGAUUCUUCAAACACAAGAGUCUCUUGGUAUUGUGGCACAGCUCAGGUGGCUUUUUUUGAAGAAAGUGAUGCAGUUGCUGCAUAUCAAUAUGCCAAAAGGAAGGUCUGGUUUGGUGAGGCUAAUAUCCGCUUUUCGCUUGAUCCUUUUGAGCACAAACAAAGACGACCACCACUGAAAUCAUGUCUGAAAAAAUCCAAUUCCUUGAAACAGGAAAACAGAAAGAAAGAUUAUAGGGUAAGAUUUACAAUUGAAACUUAGUUUGUAGAAAAGUAUUGUAUUAAGCAUGUCUUACCCUAUUUAAUAAAUGGGAAAGCUUUUUUUUAAUGCCAUGCAAGUACUCAAACUUCUAGUUUUAUAGAUAUUGCAUUAGUAUGCUUUUGCCAAAGUAGUGUAAUUUUUAUAGAAAAAAGUCAAAUUAGUGCUUCACUGACAUAACUGAGUAAUGCAUCUAUGUUGUUGAGUGCUAAACUAAAGAAUGUGAAAGAGUACACUCAUUAUUACACAUAAUCAAAUUAAUUCAUUUCGCACACAGCUAUAUCCCUUUUUAUAAGCUGUUCCAUGUUUUAGUAGCAGGGAAGUCAAACUUAUAAUAAGCUGUUCCAUGUAAACUUUUUGAAUUCAGCCAGAAGCUAAGAGUUAUUCUUAACUUCUUUUUCACUCCCUUAUGACAACUUGAUGAUUUGUAGGGUUAACACAGAUUGUAUUUUGUUUUCAUAGUCCAAUUUUAUUCAGAAUUGUCCCCACUUUGUGUUUUGUUUUCAUACCUGUAAUGUCCAACAUCUCAUUAUGGUGGUAAGCUUUAAUAUUUUAACAGAUUGAGGGAAAUAAAAAAGAAUAAAUUGCAAUCUAUCUUUUGGCAUUGGUGGUACAAUUGCUUGCUUCUAUGGAACUUUAUGUUCAUAUAAUAUAUCAUGCAAGCAUAGGCACUUAUUAUUUUGUUGGACAUGUUUGAUGCAAGUUUUU